AUGGUCAGUUAUAUGAGGAUGUCCCCUGUCAAGUAUGACGUCGAAGCCCAAAUAUCUCAGUUCCUUGAUAUUUGGGACACGACGAUUAUCAUCGACGAGAACCUGUCGCCAGAGCAUGUCAAGCUGCGUGCGGGUAGUGGCUUUCUGAAGAAAUCCAAGCACUUGUUCUUCUCACCCACGUGGCGCAGCCCCAUGCUUCACUGGUCUUCUCAGGACGAUCGCAUAGGCUUGCCAAUGUCUUACCUUGACAAGGACAUCAGGGUUACCGUGGGUGCCAUAACCGUGAACGAGAACUGCUCAUUAUUACGUCGCGACUGCGAACAAGAACUAGCUGGCAACUUGGUUGACCUGCACCGUGAACCUGGCCACUGGAACCCUCACACAAGGACCACGGGCGUCACCGGAGGUGUUAGUGGUGGUUCAAUUGCACCUGCAGUCUUGACUUUUAAUCAUAGCAUCACACAGAUGUGGUGUCCGCCAAUCUUCAAAAAGGGUGUUGCGAGGAGAGUGCCGCUCCGAGCACUCUUGGAUGAGACAGUUGUCUCCUACCUUGAGUCCAAAAUGCCAGAUGUGGAGCUUGAUACCAGCAUCAUCAAACUUAUUCGAACCGCUAAGUCCGACAACGCUGCGACCGAGAUCUAUAACAACGUCGCGCGGGCGGAAGGCAAAUACAAAGCCUUGCAAUUGGCAGUCAAACACCUUGUCAAUGCUCUGCAAUGGACCGGUCUAGACAAAACCGAAAAGAACCUGUUUCUUUGGUGGCCCGAACCAGAUAGGUUCAUUGAUCGGGGCGUCACGCUGGAUGAGUCGUGGUAUACCAGUGGGUCCUGGAUCCCAAUUCUCCAAGACUCUAAGAAUUGUGCCAUCUUUGGCCUUGCUACGUGGCGAUGGCUUGAAGACCAUCGCACUGGGAAAACGUGCCGAAACCCUGAUGGUUCAGGGGACCCGAAGAUACUAUGCAAGAAGUCGGAGCUCAUUCUCUAUACCGGCAUUGGACCACACAACAAGGGGGAGCCUCUAACGGUCGGUCAAUAUCUCAUUAUGGAAAGCAGAAAGCCAGAGAGGCAUGUAUUCGUGGUUCGUGACCCAGCAAUUUCUAAAAGUGAUGCAUAUCUUCUCGAGUAUCGCGGUUUAUGGUCUAGGUCUGCGGUGUCGUCUAAAAAAGACACUCUCAGCAUGGAAGAGAGUGCCGAGCUGAUUGAGCUUGGCAAAGCCGUCGUCAUGCGUCACAAGCAAAAAGAGGCCUCGAGGCUGACUCGCAUCAUUGAUCCGGCUGAUCGAGGAAAGCUGCUCCUUCGCAUUUUUGGGUUUCAUGCUCUAUGUACCUACCUAGGUAUAGUCUGCGAACAAGAGGGUCACACUCUGCAUUCUUGUUUGAAAGGCGAGAUCUGUGCCACCGAGAAAAGUGCCACAAGCAUGUUGCCAGUCAAUCAAUGCGAAACAGCGGACUUUGUGCCAACCAUAACAUCGGUGAAUGGGAACUCAUCACUGUCAAGUAUACAAUUCGCAAAAGGCUGGGUCAACCAGCCAAACGGUCGCGGAACAUGGGAUAUACUACAAGCAUGCGUUGUCACGAUGAUCCUCUGCAGCUGGUCGUCGCUCGUUCUGAACAUAUUUUCAGCAAAAGGUGGUGUACCUUUUAUGAAGGACAAACUACGCUGGAUGCUCUUUACUCUCUUUUGGCCAGAGAUAACACUGGGAGUUGCAUAUGAGCAAUGGGAGUCCGCUUCCCAAUGCGUGGAGGACUUUUCAAAAAGGAAUAAAAAAGGCUAUGAAAAAUGGACUAUGCGGCAUGCUUUCUUCGCAGACAUGGGUGGGUUCCAGCUUAAGACCCCAGACUUUCCUGCCUUUGCAGUGGACGGCCAACAGCUCCUCUAUCUUAUUGAAAACGAUUAUAUACCAUAUCCGAAUGUGGACGCUGAGACCAUUUGGGACAAAAACAAGGCCGACGGAUUCGCUCGGGCAAUCACACUGAUACAAAUCACCUGGUUCAGCAUCCAGUGCAUCGGCCGCAGCAUACAACACUUGGCGUUGACGACGUUGGAACUUCUGACGAUCAAUAUGAUCUUCUGCACUUUAUUUACUUUCUAUUUCUGGAACCACAAACCCUUGGAUGUACAAACUCCUAUCAUCUUGCGAACAGACACCACCAUUGCCGAGAUACUUGUCAAAGCUGGAGAUCGAGCCCGCGAACCAUACAAAUUGACGCCUCUGGAUUUCAUCGCCGCCCAGCCAACUCGUGCAAAUUUUGUCGCUACUUGGUGGUGGGGCCUGGCUCUUUGCUUCGACGGCAAACUUUUUCAGAUGAACGAGAAACAACGCCCCGUUUCAACAUUUUCCAACUCAAGAGCAAUACCACCUCGGGGCUAUUCCUUCUGGUCCUGCCUCUUCAGGAUUCUGAUAUCGGCAGGAUACUUCGCUCUUCAUUUUGCGGGGUGGAACCUCAUCCUUCCUACUACCAUUGAGCGGAAGCUCUGGCGCGCUGCGAUCAUCUUUUUUCUCGCUCUCUAUUCUACUUACCUGGUUGUCUUUGCCGUGGUAACUCUCCUGAGCGGGUGGAUUGCAAGGAAAUAUUUUCACAAGGAGGCAAGCACCUUUAUCGAAGUUGCUUCAAUAUUUCCAAAGUGGUUUCAGCUUGGUGGUCUAAUACCUAUCUACGGUUCCUAUGCUGUUGUGCGGAUGUACUUAGUCAUUGAAGGCUUUAUCAGCCUGCGGAUGCUGCCUGUCGAUGCUUACGACAGUGUUGACUGGUCUAAUUUCAUAGUCCAUUUUUAG